CGAACUCCACGUGGAUGAAAAGUUGAUCCACUUCACUUGUAGCCAAUCACCACUCUUCCAUCCCUCCGUUGAAACCAGAACAGAGUAAUCCAAUCUCAACAAUCCGCAACAGCAGCAGCUUCAAUCCCAAACCAUGUCGAAUCUAUGCACGCCUUCUUCUAACACUACUGCUUCUUCAACUUUCAAUUUCAACCUUCAACCUCUCAAAUUCCACAACUCAACAAGGAACCAUCGCACCAGAAAUUUCAGGGUUAAAAUGUGCUCCUCCGUUCCUCAAAACGCCACCGUAGUUGGUUGUGGAUCGCUAACCGUCGAUUUCUUGGCUACCGUUGCUGCUUACCCUAAGCCAGAUGAUAAAAUCAGAACCACCACCUUGAAGGUUCAAGGUGGUGGCAAUGCAGCCAAUGCUUUAACCUGUCUCGCUCGCUUAGGUCUAAACACAAGGCUUAUUUCUAAGAUUGCAGAUGACAGCCAAGGCAGGGGUAUGUUAGACGAACUACAAGUUGAUGGUGUAGAUACAUCUUUUAUUGUGGUGUCUAAAGAGGGAAUUUCACCAUUUACAUAUAUUAUUGUGGACAACGAAACGAAAACUCGCACUUGUAUACAUACCCCUGGAUAUCCUCCAAUGAUACCCCAAGAUCUUUCAGAAUCGAGUUUGUUAUCUGUAUUGGAUGGAGCUAGCAUUGUAUAUUUUGAUGGGAGGUUAUAUGAAACUGCUCUAGUCGUUGCCCAUGAGGCAGCUAGGAAGAAUAUACCCAUCUUAAUUGAUGCAGAAAGACCAAGGGAAGGGUUGGAUGAUCUCCUGAAGUUAGCUGAUUAUGUUGUAUGCUCAGCGAAGUUUCCAAAGGCAUGGACAGAGACAUCAACUAUUCCACAAGCACUUGUUUCUAUCCUUUUAAGGCUGCCCAAUGUAAAAUUUGUGGCUGUAACUUUGGGAAAAGAUGGUUGUAUAAUGCUUGAGAGAAGUGUUAAUGCAAGUCCUUCCACUGAAGAAGUGGAUGUAGACAACUUAUUGGAAUCACUGGAGUUAAGAAAGGAUAAUAACGCAUCCGUUCCAACCUGCAUAUCAUCGUCAGUGGCAAAAUUGAAGGCAGAAGGAACAGGAACAGUUACCGGGAAACUAUACAUUGGUACAGCUGAGAGCAUUCCACCAUCCGAGCUUAUUGAUACCACUGGUGCUGGCGAUGCAUUUAUUGGAGCUGUGAUCUACGCUAUUUGUUCGAAGUUCUCCCUGGAGACAAUGCUGCCCUUUGCUGCUAAUGUGGCCGGUGCGAAAUGCAGGGAUCUAGGAGCUCGAAGCGGUCUUCCAUACCGUGCAGACCCACGUUUAGCAUCAUUUAUUAAGUAGAUUUUUCAGCAUUGGGCCAGUACAAGAGAUGUGUUCGGUGGGAUAUUUAACUGAAUUGUUGAUUUGAUGGAGUUAAUGAUCAUUGACAUUUACUCUCUACAAGUUUUGGUUUCUUCUAGAUAUUUCAUCUUUGACAUUUAAGUAAGGGAGCGAAUGGACGUUCCCUGCUUCAAAUUUUUACCUUCAUUAUUUUCAA